UUGAGCUACUCUUCUCUCUCCCCCUCGCUCAUUUUCAGCUUCAAAUUAAAAAAAAAACCUUUCAUUUUCAGAAACCCUCUUUCAUUUUCAGGUACAAAUGAAAGAGAUAUGUAAAGGAGAACAUGUGAAAUAGUUUUCUACAAUCAAUCUUCAGAUCUAUGAAAGUAGCAGAAAUUUGAUAGAAUCGGUGUAUUUUGAAGAAGGAUAUAACACUUUUUGUUGAAAUCGAGAUAUAAGUCCUCUUUCUCCUUUUGCAUUAGAACUCCUGGGGACCUUCAGAGAAGACGCAAUUGUCACUGGCUGCUUUUCCUCUUUCUGCUCUGCGUUGUGCUUGAAUCAAUCUCAAGGUUACAGUAAACACUCUUGCUCAGAGAAAUCCUUAUCGGUGGCACACUAAUCUAAUUGUAGAUCAGUUUCACUUCUGAAACGUUAUAUAUCAAUACCUUCCAAUGGAUAAAUCUUGGAUUGAAAUGCCUAGAAAUACAACAACGUAUUUACUUGGUUUGAAUCAAUUUCUAAAUUUUGCAUUUGAGAAUGCUUCUAUAGGAGAUAGAAUAAAAUGUUUGUGUCCUAAAUGUGGUUUUGGGAAGUGGCAGACUAGAGAGAUGGUGUACGGUCAUUUGAUUAGCAAGUCAUUCCCUCAAAAUUAUGUCACUUGGAUUCUUCAUGGGGAAACAGAAGUGUUGGAGAAAUCUAGAAGCACAGAGGUUAUCCCAGAUGCACUGCCUCUUGAAAAUCCUAUGGAAUUGUUGAUAAAUGAAGCAUUCCCGGGUUUAAGGCAUGAGGGCAUUGAUGCAGGUCCGUCACAACUAGUUGGAGAAGAAGAAAUAUUAAAUGAUCUGUUUUCUUCAAAUAACAAAGACUUUUUUGAGUUGCUUAGAGAUGGAAGUGAAGAAUUAUAUGAAGGGUCCAAGUACUCGAAGCUUGAAUUUUUGAUAAAGUUGUAUCACAUAAAGUGUUUGUCUGGGCUAAGUGACAAGGAAUGACUUUGAUGCUAGAUUUACUGAAGGAUGCAUUUGGAUUUGCAAGGAUACCUAAUUCUUUUUAUGAGGCCAAGAAUACCAUCAAAAAGCUUUGUCUUGAUUAUAUCAAGAUAGAUGCUUGUCCAAACGAUUGCAUGUUGUACUGGGGAGAUGAUGCUAAUGAGGAAACAUGCAAGCAUUAUCAUACUUGUAGAUGGAAGCCAACUAAGAAGAGCAACAAUAAUCACAUGUCUACUAUGGGAAAUAAGAAAAAGAAGCAAAAUAUGCCCGCAAAGUUUUUAGCUAGUGAUGGUUUCAAUCCUUUUGGGAUGAUGAGUACUAAUUAUAGCAUUUGGCCAUUGAUUUUGGUUCCAUACAACCUUCCACCUUGGUUGUGUAUGAAGCAACCAAAUUUAGACGUUAUGCACAUUGAGAAGAAUGUGUUUGAUAAUAUUAUAUACUCUUUGCUACAUGAAAAAGGCAAGUCAAAGGAUCAUGUUAAGGCUCGAAAAGAUCUACAAGAUAUGGGUAUAAGGCGUGAUCUUUGGCCAGAUGAGAAUGAGAAUUGUCGGCUUGCUUCAUUUGCAAUACCAACAAAUAAAAGAGUCGACUUUCUCAAAACUUUAAAAAAUAUCUCGGUGCCGGAUGGUUACUCAAGUAUGAUACACCACAUCUGACUUCAUUUAUUCAACCGAUAACACGACCAACACCUUCAGGUCAGGUUGCAGCAAAUCCGAAUUUGUCAGAUCAGACAACAACACAGCAGGUUCCAUCAGUCCGGGCCGCGUCACAACACCCACCAUCUAGAAAGCGUAGUGGACGUGUGUCUACGCAACAUUGAACUGUAGAUGCAAUAGAUAUGUUAUUGCCAUUCAUUUAUACAUUCUGCCUAUUUUACGCUGCAACUAACAAUCUGUUACCUCAAAGAAUAGAGAACCUAUGCUUAAUGCUUCUCAUCACUUUACAUUCGUUAUCAAACCUCUUGCAUCCUUCCUCAUUUUGCAAAUUUAGAAGGUAUUUCUCCUUCUAAAUUGUAGGAGAGAUUAAUUCUUUUAAGGUACUGAAGCUUUUCUAAAGACUUAGGGAUAUUGCCUGAUAACUCAUUUGAUUGUUACUUUAGAAUAGAUUGAGGCAUGACUUUGAUGUGAAUGUUUUGAAAGAAGUAAGAGUAGCAACAAUUUCAGAUCAAUCUAUUUAUCUUCGAUUUCUCUUAUUUUGACACUAUUUGAAUGAUAAACUAGCUAGUGUCUCUGAUGUUUUUUUUAAUCUUCAUUAAUUUACUGCGUGCCUCAAUCAAAUGCUGCUUUUCUAACAUAGCUAGUGGGAUAUAUGUUACAAAAUGAUUUAUGUAUGCUUACAGUAGAUAAUUUUUACACUGUAAUAAUUUAACCUAUUGUAGUAGUCUCCUCUAGUUUCUAAGUAACUCGUUCUACUUAUUGCCAUUCAUUUAUACAUUCUGCCUAUUUUACGCCGCACCUAAUAAUCUGUUGCCUCAAAGAAUAGAGAACCGCAUUGAUUUUUGUUUUUAUCUUUUAAGAUUCACAAGGAGCUAGCAAGAUACUUAAAGUGAAGAAAAGGGACGUGUUAAAUUUAUCUAAUGGAGAACAUAUUGUGGUUGAUUUUGACGACACGGAUUCUCCCAUUGGUUAAGGACAAGGCGUUCUUGCAGGCUUUUGUGGAAUUUUAGCAACUAACUGCUCCAUUUUUCCAAUUCACUGAGAGAAAUGGCCGGAUUUACCUGUGACAAUCUUCAACCGUUGUUAUGAUCGAUUUAUAAAGCCACAAUUUUGUUUUAGGACAACUGAGUCAAAUGCGAGACGAUAUGUUUAUAAUUCUAUGUGUAAGAAGUGGGGCGCAAAAAGGCUAUAGUUGUUUGAUAAGGUCUAUGAUCCACUUAAGAGCAGAGCUGAGAUAAUGGAUAGCGUUCCACUGGGAAUUCCACCGGAUCAAUGGAUUUCUUAUGUUGAUUACCGCUUUAAAGAAAAGACACAGGAAACUUGUAAAAGAAAUGCUGAAAUUCGGAAGAAACAAAUUGUUUCACAUAUCGGUAGCUCCAAACCUAACUCCAGAAGAAGGGCUGAAAUGAUGGCUGAGACUGGACAAAAGCCUGGACGAGGACAGCUUUAUCUCGCUACACAUAGGAAUGAAGAUGGAUCAUAUGUUAAUGAGGCGGCAAAAGAGAUAUGUGAAAAAAUUGAACUAGAAUUGAGCCAAAGCACCGUGGAUGAGUCUGAAAUUUUGCCAAAUGAUGCCGUUGGUAAGGUGCUGGGAAAAGAGCAUUCUGGAAGGGUAAGGUGCUUGGGAUUAGGAGCUGUUCCUGGCAGAGAUUUUAGACAAACAAGACAUCGUUAUAGUGAUUUGAAUGCUUCAAGUUAUAAUAAUGGUUCAUGUUCUUCCCAAUGGCAAGAGAAGUACAAUCAGAUGUUGAAUGCUCACAAUCAAAUCCAAGAGAACUACAGAGAAAUGAUGAAUGCUUUUAAGGCGUAUAUGAUAAUGAAAGAAGGGAGGAUACCUGAAGAAUUUGCAGGGAUCUUUGUUUCUCCUCCUCAUUCAACGUCAAGUGAUGCGGCUAGCUGAUCCAUUUCACCCAUGGAUGUAAGAAGAUCAUUUGGUGGAAGUAAUCCUAACAACAACCAUUGAAAUUGCUUGCAAAUGUAUCGUACUCUGAUUGAAUGGUCAUAGUGAUCUUUUGUCCAUAAUAGUUGGAGUAGAUGUUCUGUUUAAAGUUAGUUUUAAGACUAACUAUAAUAUUGAUGUUUUGUGCUUAAUGGAUGGAUUAGUUGUGUUUAAA